AGACGCCGCUCUGGCAAGGGCAAGGGGGGCAGGGGCACUGGAGGGGCGAGCGGGGGCGGUGGAGGUGGAGGUGGAGGCGGCGGGGGGAGUGGGGGUGGCGGUGGGAGUGGUGGUGGGGGUGGAGUUGUCGGUGACGGCAGUGGAGGUGGAGGCGGCGGCGGCGGCGGUGGCGGUGGGAGCGGAGGUGGCGGAGGUGGCGGCGGUGGAGGAGGCGGCGGAGGCGGCGGUAGUAGCGGAGGCGGCGGAGGCGGCGGAGGCGGCGGGGGUGGCGGUGGAGCUGGUCGCGGGGUGA